CUGAUUCUUUCUUUCACGACACAAAACUUCUUCUUCAUCCUUUCUUCUUUUUCCUUUCUUCUUCUCCAACAAUAUCUGGUUUCUCUUUUAUUUGUGAGGAUUCAAAUCAAGGAAUUCAACUUCAACACGGGCUGUUCCUUACCAACUAAGGAUCUCUUCUACCUUCCCCCAAUGGAAAAUUUAAUGAAAUAUGUUGAAUUCUACGACAAAGAUACUGCCACUCGAGGCUCCUCCUGCCGACGGGAAUCUCAGUCCACUUCCUCCUUCGCAGUUAAACGAUCAAGAAGUCCAAGAGAAGGCAGAGCAAAACAAUCCAAACAAAGCUGUCGCGACUCAUACGAAGGCUAUUGGAAUCAUUCACCCACCUCCAGAUAUCAAAGCUAUUAUCCAGACAACGGCCAAGUAUGUUUCUGACACCGGUUCGGAGUUUGAAAAGAAGAUUAUAGCUAAAGAAGCCGAGAAUGCUAGAUUCAACUUCUUGAAAAGCUCGGACCUUUAUCAUGCCUUUUACAAGCAGAAACUCACUAAAUACCGUGCUCAGAGUCAAGAUGGAGCUCAGGCUUCUGUUCUUAAACCUGAUUCUGCAGAUGACAAUGAAGCAGUUGAUGCAAAACCGGACCUUCAGGCUCAAUUUAGGGUCCCUCCUAAGGCUCUUGAAGCUCCAGAACCUGAGAAGUAUACAGUUAGAGUUUCUGAAGGGAUCACGAGCGAGGAGCUUGAUAUUAUUAAGCUCACAGCGCAGUUUGCGGGACGUAAUGGGCAAUUGUUUUUGAAUGGAUUGCAGAGUAGAGAAAGUAACAAUCCUCUGUUUCAGUUUAUGAAGCCAACACAUUGGAUGUUCCCUUUUUUCAAUGCUCUGAUCAAUGUGUAUUUGGACGUGUUAAUGCCUCCCAAAGAUUUCAAAGAGAAGCUGAGGAAGAGUGUUGCUGAUUUUACGACCGUUCGUGACCGCUGCUUGAAUCGUCUUGAAUGGGACCGUUCUCAGGAGCAGCAGAGAAAGAAAGAAGAGGACGAGAAAGAGCUUGAGAGAGUGCAGAUGGCUAUGAUUGAUUGGCAUGACUUCUCGGCUGUUGCAUCGAUAGAUUUUGCAGACGAGGAGGAUGAAGGGUUGCCACCUCCUACAACAUAUGAGGACGUUACAAGGAAGAGAAGAGUAUCAACGAUGGCAGAAGAUGGAAUUGUCGAAAUGGAAAUGGAUGAAGAAGAAGUUAAGCUUGUUGCAGAAGGAAUGAGAGCAACGACCCUGGAAGAGGAAGGUGGCUCUAUGAAGAUAGGAAAUGUAAACGGAGAAGAAGCAGCAUCUAUGAGAAUUGUUAAGAACUGGAAGAGGCCAGAAGAUAGGAUCGCAACAGAGAGAGAUCUGACUAAAGUUGUUAUAUCACCAAUUACUGGCGAGUUGAUUCCCAUUAACGAGAUGUCUGAGCACAUGAGGAUUUCGCUUAUUGAUCCCAAGUUCAAAGAGCUGAAGGAUCGGAUGUUUGCUAAGAUUCGUGACACCACUCUUGCACACGAUGAUGAGAUUGCUAAAAACAUAGUCGGGCUCGCUCGUCUGCGUCCUGAUAUCUUUGGAACAACCGAAGAAGAAGUCUCAAACGCUGUUAAAGCAGAAAUUGAGAAGAAGAAGAAAGAUGAGCAGCCUAAGCAAGUUAUAUGGGAUGGUCACACAGGAAGUAUCGGUCGCACAGCAAACCAAGCCUUGACUCAGAACUCUAACGGACAAGAGCAAGGCAAUGGCGUUUAUGGAGAUCCCAGUACCUUCCCUGGUCUAGCUUCUCUUCCUCCUUCUGGACCAGGUCUCCGGCCAUUACCACCACCUCCUAAUCUCGCCUUGAACCUCCCUCGUCCUCCUCCUUCUGUUCAGUACCCUGGUUCACCGAGGCCAUUAGGUGUUCCAGUGAUGCAAUCCAUGCAUCAACAACACCAGUUCUUGAUGCCCGGGCCACCUGGACACCUGUCGAUGAUGAUGAACCUAACACUACAAAUGCAGCCUAGUAUGCCUGUGCCUCCUCCACCAGGAUCACAUUUUGCCCAUCUUCAAGUUCCUAAACCUUAUGGUCAGUUUCCACCUCCUUCAAUGGGAAUGAUGCAACCACCACCUAUGUCUGGGAUGCAUCCUCCUCCACCACCAGUGGAGGCGCAACCAACUCUUCCUGAGGAGCCAGAGCCAAAGAGACAGAAGUUAGACGAGUCAGCUCUUGUUCCUGAAGACCAGUUUCUUGCUCAGCAUCCGAAAAUUUUCAAGGUUCUGCCACGAUCAGGGUGUCUGUUCCAAACGUGGAUGAUGGGAAAUUCAUUGAGAUCACAGUGCAGUGUUUAUCUGAAAACGUGGCAACUUUGAAGGAGAAGAUAGCCGGGGAGACACAAUUUCCAGCAAACAAACAGAAGUUAAGUGGAAAAGCCGGGUUCUUAAAGGACAACAUGUCACUUGCACAUUACAAUGUGGAAGAAGGAGAAGUCCUAACACUGUCUUUGAGAGAACGUGGUGGGAGAAAAAGAUAGAGACGCUGGUGGAUGCAGGGAAUUGCUUUUUUAUUCUCUUCUUUUUUUAUUUGGUGCUUUUUUAUUGGUGAACUAAACUCUCUUUACUGCUCUUUCUCUUAUCUAUGGAGUUUUAGAUGAGGAAUGAUUAUCACUGACUUAAAUUUGUUUUGUAUUUGCAGCUAGGCAACGAUUGGGCUCUGUAAUCUAAAAAAAUCCACUUUUUGGUGUAUGUCGAUCCACUGCUCGUUUGUCCAUAUGCAAGUGCAAGUAUAGUUGCUGGACAUUAAAAAAAGAUUAGUCAAUGUAUGAUCAAUCUAAGUAAUAGCCAAGAAGAAACAGAAUUUAGUAGAAACUACCGUUUAUGCCCAUUAAAGCAGAGAAUGCAACAUUGUUAAGACCAUCUUCAUAAACGUUUUCUGUUAAACU